AUGAACCCAAUAUUACCAGAUCAGUUUUUUGCCCGCUCACUGGACCGUAUACUGGUAGAGGAUCUGAACAUACCGCAUGUCACCUGGGGUCUGCAAAGCAACGUUACUCUAAGAGGCAUAUUGACUGUCCAGAGUCUGGUCUUUGCUACCAUCUACAACUUGUCGCCAGAGCAAGAGCCCAUGCUGGAAGUGGUCGACAAAACGUUGGAUGGUCGUCAUGAUCUACGCGUUCUCUUCAUCCUCAAAACACGGGAAAUGUCGACACCCUUAAUAGAGCAGAUAUAUGAAUUAUUUGUUUGGUGCUGGCAACGGAACUUUAUCAAUGUUGCCUUGACCUAUCAGCGGAUCACACUUAUCAAUGGCAGCUACGAUGUGCAUGAUGAGCUCUUCAGCUAUACGCCCUUCCCCAAACUGAGGCUACUUAAUGUGACUGGCCUUGGCGCUACUUUUAACUGGGAAGCCCUUGAUGUCAGCAAUGUACAAGGCUAUGAGUUUCGGGUGCCCGUCUUUCAGGAUGUGGCUGACGCUUUUGUGCUACCCGAUGGACAGCUAUAUGGAGCUUUCGGUAUGGUUCUUAGCAGCUACAUAAUCCAUAUCAAUGGGCGAUUGCGUGUGGAGGAAACACCUCAUGUCAACAAGGAUAACUACCACUAUUACACUCUGAUGUUGGCGACACGUGGCGUUAUCGAUAUUGGUGUGCAUACAUAUACGCAGAUGACACUCAGAUCGGAGCAGGUAGAGAACGGCUUAGUAACUUCUUAUACGAAAACCUGCCUCAUGGUGCCCUGGCAGAAGGAGCAGCCUGUUAACAGAUUCGUACGCUUAACUGUUCGUUACAAUGGAAUAUUAUUUCUGACGCUGGUUCUGUCAUUGACGCUUGGCUGGCACCUGUACGCCCGCGUUGCCAGUAAGGGCUUUUAUUUAGCAUUGGUCAUUUUACAAUUGCAGCCGGUGAACGAAUGUGUCUUCAGGCGUUUUACUAACGUGUACAAAAUCUUGCAUGUGGCUUUUCUACUCGGUGCUUUCAUACUUUGGAAUAUGAGGAUGGGAUUUCUAUCGGCGGCGCUAAGCGUGAAGCUCAUACCGCCUCAGAUAAAUAAUCUUGAAGAUUUCUUGCGAUCGCCAUUGCGUAUCAUGGUCACUGAAACUGAAGUCGCAAUGUACUUCACACGCGAAUUGCUGCCGGCAGCGUUGCAGCCGCGGCUGCUUGUGGUCAAUUCGUCCACUUUGAUGCACCACCGUGAUAGCCUUAAUACCAGCUAUGCCUACUGCAUCACUUCUAGACUUAUCAUCUUUGUAUUUGAGAAGGAGAUAAACGAGACAUAUUAG